GGCGGCCUACUCCCAUAUAUUUUGGCGUGCUUCUCCUCAUUCUGUUGUUUGCCUUCUAUUUGUUUGGAUGGCCGCCGUCGCUCUGUGAUCCAUUCAUUCCGCUUCCACAUUUUGGAAUUUGUUUAUUCUGUGAAUAUCAGAAUCCAAGAUAUACACAGGCACAGACACAGACACAAACACAGCCAACCACACAUCAUGCAUAGCGUCCGUCGAUGGAACAUCAAGCGUUUCUCGCUGCUGCUCACCACCGCCCUGCUGCUGUACGUCUUUGUGUUCUCCAGCGGCUAUCGGACUUACCAGAUCGAGGGCAUUAUCGGCAAGACGAGACCGGAAAAGGUCUGGGAGUAUGUGGCAGACUUUAACAAAAUGCGUCUGCUCAAUCCCACCAUCAUCAAUUUCAAAAUCCUAGCCGAUCAUGGCCACGCCCAUGACUGGCGCUACACUGUGGAGUACACGGAGCGACUCUCCCACUGGCCCUACUGGCUAAACACAGCCACGGCCAAGUAUGUGGUGACCAAAACGAAGCCAGGCAUCACACCCAUCGCCUAUGCCAUUCAGUCCAUCCACGAGACCUGCUUCUUCAGUGGAUUCUACUGCUUGCACUCUCUGAGUGAGUUUAGCUUCAGUGCCGCCAAUGAAGACACAUUGGCCCUGGAGCGCAUUCAGUAUCAGUGUCCACCGCUGCUGGGAAGCAUGUGUCGUCGUGAACUAGAGUAUCAGCGUCAGGCGGUCAUGCACAAUCUCACACACAUAUUCAGCAAACAGCGGACAUGAGGGCUGGGACCAUCGAGCGGAAAACGGAAAGCAAUGUAACAACGUUUUAGAACGUGAAAGAAAUUCAUUAAAAUUCUACUAAAUUGGC